GCAAAGCUUAAAAAUAAUAUGAUAAUAUCGUUACUCUCUAGUCACAAAACAAUUUUUUAUAAAGACUAAAGAGAACGUCCGGCUGCCGGACACAAUUCACGUUGCCCUCUCAUAUAGGCUAUACAUUUAAGGUCUGUGUACUCUGUUCUUAUGUUAUUGCGAAAUGUUUAUCGUUAGUGAAUUUGAAGAAGUUGUCAAGGUACAACCAUCUCAUCUGGAAGAUGAUCAGGUAUCGAGAACCAUAAUCUACCUCAAUUCAAUGCUCGCUAAUAAAGUCGUUAUGAAUGUUGGUUUGUGUUUAUCGUUAUUUGAUAUAUUGGAAAUCGGUGAUCCGAUUAUUUACCCCGGCGAAGGGGCUUAUUUCUCUAAAGUACGGUUCAGGUUUGUUGUUUUUCGACCGUUCAUAGAAGAAAUACUAAUUGGAAAAGUAAAGAGUUCUGGAGCUGAAGGAGCUAUAUUAUCGACUGGCUUCUUUGAUGAUAUUUUUGUUCCUGCGGCCAACAUGCAGAAUCCUAGUCGAUUUGAUGUUAAAGAUAAGGUAUGGGUAUGGGAGUAUGACAACUGUGGCGAGACGGUCGACCUGCAUAUGGAUAUCGGUGAGACUGUAAGAUUCCGUGUUGUAUCUGAACAGUUUAUAGAUACUCAUCCAGGAGUAGAUAGCGGCCUCCUAGACGCAGGUGAAAUAGUAACAUCCAAGUCAAAAUCACCCUAUUCUAUUAUUGGUACUGUCAGAGAACCCGGGCUAGGUGUUGUGGGAUGGUGGACAGAUCUCUAAUAUUUUUUAAUUAUUUUAUUUGUUGUUGCACAUAUUUUUAUAAAUAACUUUUCAUAAUAAAUAUUUAUAUUUUAUUUAUAAUUCAAAUCUGGGUAUUGAUUUUAGUUGUAUAUUAU